AAUUAACAACCUUGUUACCCAGUGCUGAAUUGUGUGAGCGUGUGUGCACGUUGAAGGACAUGUGUGCGCUGCAUGUUCUCUUCCUCGCGGUCUUGCUGGCCAUGUCGGCGACCGGCCACGCGGCGGCCUUGCGCGCCGAUCUCAGGCACGUUGACAGCGGCCGUGGCUUCACCAAGCGCGAGCUGCUCCGCCGGAUGGCCACCCGGUCGCGGGCUCGUGUAGAUAGCCGGUGGUCACCGCCGCCCGGCCGCGGCGCCAACGCCCACGCGGCGGUGACCGCGCCGUUGACCCGCGGCACCGUCGGCAAAGAAGAGUUCAACUCUGAUUAUGUCAUCCACUUUGCCAUCGGCACGCCACAGCCGCAGCCCGUGGCGCUGGCGCUGGACACGGGUAGCGACUUGGUCUGGACUCAGUGCGAUUGCGAUGUCUGCUUCGACCAGCCGUUCCCGGCGCUCAACACCUCCGCCUCCGACACCCUCCGCGGCGUCUCGUGCUACGACCCUCUCUGCGCGCGAGGGAGGCUCAAGCUCUCCGGGUGCGCCGCCGGCGACAACUUGUGCUUGUACGUCUACUCCUACGCCGACAAGUCGAUGACGACGGGGCUGAUUUUCGAGGACACCUUCAGCUUCAAGGCGCCAAACGGCAAGGUCGCCGCGGUGCCCAACCUCCGCUUUGGCUGCGGCAUGUACAACGCCGGCAAGUUUGGACCAACCGAGUCCGGCGUCGCCGGCUUCGCCCGCGGGCCGCUGUCUCUGCCGUCGCUGCUCAAGCUCCCCAGGUUCUCCCACUGCUUCACCACCCUGGUGGAGUCCAGGACCAGCCCCAUGUUCCUGGGCACGCCGGACAACCUGGGAGCGCAGGCCACGGGGCCCAUUCAGUCCACCCCGUUCGUCCGGAGCCCGGCGGGCCCGUUCGGCACGCUGUACUACAUUUCGCUCAAAGGCAUCACCGUGGGCAAGACGCGGCUGCCGUUCGAUGCGUCGGAGUUCGCGGUCAAGGACGGCAUCUCCGGCGGGACGAUCAUCGACUCUGGCUCGAGCAUCACGAGCUUUCCACUGCCCGUGUUCCGAAGCCUCCGGAAGGCGUUCAUGUCGCAGGUGCCGCUGCCCGUCGCCAACGUCUCCGCCACCGACCCAGAUACGAUGCUGUGCUUCCUCACCUCGCCCAAGAAGGAGGCGCCCGCCAUGCCCAAGUUGAUCCUCCAUCUUGACGGCGCGGACUGGGACCUUCCACGGGAGAACUACGUGCUGGAUGUCGAAGACGUCGACGACGGUUCCGGCGGCGGGCCGUGCUUGGUGAUAAAUUCGGCGGACGAGAGCUCCCCGACGAUCAUAGGCAACUUCCAGCAGCAGAACACGCACAUCGUCUACGACCUGGAGAAGAAUAAGCUUGUGUUCGUGCCCGCGCGCUGCGACAAGCUGUGACGAGCGAGCCAUAAGACCAGUACCGACUAAGGAACAUGCAUGCGUGCUCUACGUACCAGUGCUAAAUAAACAUAUGCAUGGGGGGCAAGGCAACUACGUAAGCAGUUUAAUUAAGCCUAGUCUGAUCUCUGAUCUGCCAUGCAUCUUUUCUUGUCGUCUCGUCACAAGUUUUCAUGUUCGUUCUCAUGCAUGCUACGAAAACAAUUCCAUGGUCUCUCUCUCUCA